AUGUUCUCCCGCCGACACCUUGCUCUCGGGCUUGUUGCUCUGGCCGCCCCCCUUGUCAGCGCGGGGCCCUGUGACAUCUAUGCCGCCGGCGACACGCCCUGUGUGGCCGCACAUAGCACCACCCGGGCCUUGUAUAGCGCCUACUCUGGGUCCCUAUACCAAGUCGAGCGUGGCUCCGACAGCACCACCAUCGAGAUCGUCCCGCUGUCAGCUGGCGGGGUCGCGGAUGCCGCCGCUCAAGAUACCUUUUGUGCCAACACAACCUGCCUCAUCACCAUCAUCUAUGACCAGUCUGGCAAUGGCAAUCACCUCACUCAGGCUCCUCCGGGCGGCUGGGACGGGCCAGAUGUUGAUGGCUACGACAACCUUGCCAGCGCCAUUGGGGCCCCGGUGACGCUGGGCGGGCAGAAGGCGUACGGCGUCUUCAUCUCGCCCGGUACCGGCUACCGCAUCGACGAUACUACCGGUGUUGCGACUGGCAAUGAGCCCGAGGGUCUCUACGCCGUCGUGGACGGAACUCACUAUAACGACGCCUGCUGCUACGACUACGGCAAUGCUGAGACCAGCAAUACCGAUACCGGCGCCGGCCACAUGGAGGCCAUCUACUAUGGCAACUGCACCGACUGGGGUUCCGGCGCCGGUAGCGGCCCGUGGAUCAUGGCCGAUCUGGAGGAUGGCCUCUUUUCCGGGCUCAGCGCGGGCGUCAAUACGGGCGACCCGUCCCUCUCCUACCGCUUCGUCACCGCCGUGGUGAAGGGUGAGGCGGACGAAUGGUCCAUCCGCGGCGGCAAUGCAGCUUCUGGGACGCUCUCGACAUUCUACAGCGGCCCGCGGCCCAGCGGCUAUACAACAAUGUAUAAGGAGGGCUCCAUCAUUCUUGGUAUCGGCGGCGACAACAGCAACAGCGCCCAGGGCACCUUCUAUGAGGGCGUUCUGACCUCCGGGUAUCCGUCUAAUGCGACCGAGGACUCGGUGCAGGCGAACAUUGUCGCCGCUGGAUAUGAAACCGCCUCACUCGUCAGCGGGCCGGCGCUCACUGUCGACUCCUCCAUCUCGAUGCGGGCCACCACCGCCGGCUAUACCACGCGCUAUAUCGCCCACACCGGCGCAACCGUCAACACGCAGGUCGUGGACUCAUCCAGCAGCACCGCCCUGAAGGAAGAGGCCAGCUGGACGGUCCGCACUGGGCUGGGGAAUAGCGACUGCUUCUCCUUCGAGUCCGUCGACACCCCCGGCAGCUACAUCCGGCACUAUGACUUUGUGCUCCAGCUCGACGCCAACGAUGGCACCAAGCAGUUCUUCGAAGACGCCACCUUCUGCCCGCAGGCCGGUCUCACCACGGGCACCUCCCUGCGUUCCUGGAGCUAUCCUACCCGUUAUUUCCGCCACUACGACGACAUCCUCUACGCCGCGAGCAACGGCGGCGUCCAGACUUUUGACGCCACCGCCUCCUUCAACGCCGAUGUGAGCUGGGCUAUCAGCAGCGGCUUCGCUUAG